AUGAGUGGUGUUACGCACGUCAAGGGCCGACGUGUGUUGGUGGUGACCAAUGAGUCCAUCGCGCCGCUGUUCCUAGAGCGGACUAUUUCGGCACUGACACAUGGCAACCCACAAUUGGAGGUUCGCAGCGUUGUGCUGCCAGACGGCGAGCAGUUUAAAGACCUGGAAACCCUCAAUCUGAUCUUCGACCGAGCCCUGGAGACCCGAAUGGACCGGCGUUGCACGUUCGUGGCUCUCGGGGGAGGCGUCGUUGGCGACAUGACUGGCUUCGCCGCGGCCUCUUACCUAAGAGGCGUCAAUUUUAUUCAAAUUCCCACUACCGUCAUGUCUCAGGUGGACUCGUCGGUGGGCGGCAAGACAGGUGUCAACCACCGGUUGGGAAAGAAUAUGAUAGGCGCGUUCUACCAGCCGCAGUGCGUUCUCAUCGACACCGAGACCCUCGCGUCGCUCCCCGACAGGGAGCUCGCGUCGGGGCUGGCGGAGGUGAUUAAGUACGGGCUCAUUCGCGACGCGGAGUUCUUCGAGUGGCAGGAGGAGAACAUGGACCGGCUAUUGGCCAGGGAGACGGCGGCACUGGCGUACGCGAUCAAGCGGUCGUGUGAGAACAAGGCGGCGGUGGUGGCGGCAGAUGAGAAGGAGGGCGGACUCAGAGCCACGCUCAACCUCGGCCACACAUUCGGCCAUGCGAUAGAGAAUGGGUUAGGAUACGGGGAGUGGCUGCAUGGGGAGGCGGUGGCAGCAGGCACUGUGAUGGCAGCUCACAUGUCGCACCGUAUGGGGUGGAUCGAUGCGGCUCUGCGGGAUCGCAUCACGGCCAUCAUCAAGAGGGCCCGACUGCCCACGCGCCCCCCUUCUGCCGUCACCAAGGAGCAAUUUAGAAGCCUCAUGGCGGUGGAUAAGAAGGUAGCGGACGGCCAGCUGCGUCUUAUUCUGUUGAAGGGUUCAUUGGGCGACUGUGUUUUCACUGGGGACUUCGACAAGGCCGCACUUGAAGCUACCCUCGACGAGUUUUGUGAAGCUAAUCUCCUUGCCAGCGUCAGCAGCAGCAUUGGUGAUGCAGUGACACGUGUGCAGAAGCUUAUCCAACCGUCGCCUCCGGGGCUGCCACCUGGACCUGCUGAUGACUCAGCAGUCAGGCUGGCGUCAGAUCCACUCGCCUUCCUGGAUGACGUGGCCAGGGACUACCCAGGCGGCAUUGCCACUGUCAGAUUGGUGGGAGAGCCCGUACUCGUUAUAAGUAACCCUGAAUUAGCACGGGAGGUGCUGGUUACACAGUCUGACGUUUUCAUCAAGGCCGGCACAGCGUUCUUCCCUGGCAGCAGCUUGACAGGGAACGGGCUGCUGGUGAGCGAUGGGGAGGUGUGGAAGAGACAGCGCCGGCUGUCCAACGCUGCCUUCAGGAAGGCCGCCAUCCAAUCAUAUGCCACGGCCAUGGCGGAGCUGGCGGAUGACAUGGUGGGAGGCACGUGGACGGGUAGCCGAGUAGGACGAGGAGAAAGAGGAGGGGAUUUGGUGGUGCGAGACGUGUAUGCGGACUUUAACGAGCUGACCAUGAGGAUAGUAGUGGCGGCGCUGUUUGGCGGGGGCGGGUUGGGGGGAGCAGCGGUGGAGCAGGUGGGGCCCGCCAUCUCCACGGCCUUUGAUCCCCGAGUGGUUUCCACGCCCGACAACCUCCAGUACACAGCAGCAGUGCAGCGUGAUGCACCAACCACCACCCUCUUUCCUUCUCUCCCCCUUCCUCCCAUGCGUGUGUGCAGUCCCCGAGUGGUUUCCACGCCCGACAACCUCCAGUACACAGCAGCAUUGCAGCGCCUGGAUGGGGUGCUGCUGUACCAACUCCCUUUCUCUCGCCCUCCUCCUUCUCCUCCGCAUUGGUUCCCCACCCCUGACAAUCUGCAGUACACAGCAGCAGUGCAGCGCCUGGAUGGGGUGGUGUAUCGGCUGAUAGAGGAGAGGAGGAAGGAGAUGGCAGGGUGGGCUGCCACACGGGGCAAUGCACAGGGAGGAGGCGAGGAGGGGAAGGAUUUGCUCACUCGACUACUGCUGGUGAGACACCAUUCACCCCUCCCCUCCCCUGCCCCUGCUGCUGCUGCUGCUGCUGCUGCUGCUGCUGCUGCUGCUGACAUAAGAGCGAACAGUAGUGCAGGUCGGCCCAUUUUCUUGCACUUACGUACCUGCCUGCCUCCCCUUGAAAAAAGGGCUCGGGAUGAAGACGGCUCGGGAAUGGACGACCAAUCACUCAGGGACGAGCUCAUGACUCUGCUGGUUGCGGGCCAGGAGACAUCGGCCAUCCUGCUGGCGUGGGUGUGUGUGCAGCUGGCGAUGCAUCCGGAGGAGCAGAGGCGGGCAGCAGAGGAGGUGCGGCAGGUGCUGGGAGGGCGGAGCCCCACUCACGCUGACGUUCCCAAGCUCAAGUACCUGGAGGCAGUGAUACAGGAGACGCUGCGGCUGAUGCCACCGGCGUACAUCGUGGGGCGCUGUGCGUGCCGAGACACGCUCCUGGGGGAGUGGCGUGUGCCUCAGGGCACCACUGUGCUUUUCAGCCCGUACCUGCUGCACCGCGACCCACAGCAGUGGCCCAGAGCUCUUGUUUUUGACCCGUCGCGCUGGCUACCAGGAGGAGACGCCCUUCCUCCAGCCGACAACCCCGCCUACUGGCCGUUUGGAGGGGGUCCCAGGAACUGCAUCGGCAUGGGCUUUGCGCUGCUCGAAGCCUCCCUCGUCCUCGCCCGCAUCCUCCAGUCCUUCUCCCUCUCUCUCCCCGCGGGCUCUCCCCCUCCCGUGCCCCGCGCCAUGAUCACCCUGCGGCCCGCCGGGGAGGUGAAUCUGCUGCUCACGCCACUUGCUCCUCACCCACGAGAGGAAAAGGUGACUGAAUCUCGUUCUGCUGGGACAGCAGGGCCAGCAGCAGCGGAACCUGCUGGAACGGCAGCAGCAGCAGCAGCAGCAUCACCAGCUCCAGCAGCAGCAGCAGCAGCAGCAGCAGCAGCAGCAGCGCCACCACCACCAACGCAAGCGUCGCCAGCAGCAGCAGAAGAUGCAGCUAACAACGGUAGAGCUCGCAGCAAGGGUUUAGGUGGGAAGGCAGAGACGACUGCUGUAUCAAAUUAA